AUGGAUCCAGAGGAGAUCAGAGAAGAGAUAAUUAAGUUCUACAAAAGCUUGAUGGGAUCUGCAGCUCAUAUCUUGCCAGCAGUUAACAAGCAAACUAUGAGAAAAGGUCCAGUCAUUACUCAGCAACAAAGGAUUAGGUUAUGUGCAGAAGUAACAAAAAAGGAGAUCUAUGAUGGACUAUAUUCAAUAGGGAAUGAUAAGUCUCCUGGAGUCGAUGGAUACAAUGCUUAUUUCUUCAAAAAAGUAUGGCCUCUUGUGAAGGCAGAAGUUGUUGAUUUUGUUAAGGAUUUCUUCAAAACUGGGAGACUUUAUAGGGCAAUUAGUUGUACUCCUAUCAUACUAGUUCCAAAAACUGCCAAGCCAAACACUGUGAAUGAGUAUAGCCCUAUUGCAUGCUGUACCGUGUUAUACAAAAUAAUUGCCAAAAUACUUGCCUCCAGAUUGCAAGAAGUGGUUGCAGACAUCAUAUGUGAAUCCCAGGCUGGAUUUAUUCCAGGGAGGAAAAUAGCUAACAACAUCUUUCUUUCCCAUGAGCUAGUAAAAGAUUAUACAAGGAAGAAUAUAUCACCUAGGUGCAUGAUAAAAAUUGAUUUACAAAAAGCAUAUGAUUAUGUUGAAUGGCCUUUUGUGAGACAGAUGCUAAAUGAGCUUGGUUUCCCUGACCAGUUUGUGUUUUGGAUAAUGGAGUGUGUUCAAACUGUAAACUAUACUGUGGUGAUCAAUGGUGAACAAAGCAAGCCCUUCAAUGCAGCUAGAGGACUUAGACAAGGAGAUCCAAUAUCUCCUUUUCUAUUUGCAAUAGCUAUGAAGUAUCUAAGUAGACUGCUUAAUGAAUUGAAAGAGGACAAGAUGUAUCAAUUCCAUCCAAAAUGUGCAAAACUAGGGUUUUCUCUGAAACUUCAGGAUUGCAAGCUAAUCUUGGGAAGAGCUGUAUAUUUUGGAGGAGUUAAGAAGGAACCUCUAAUAGAGAAGAUUACAGCCAGAAUCACUUCAUGGACAACAAAGAAACAAUCCUAUGCAGGGAGAACUCAAUUAGCUAAAUCAGUUCUGUUUGGUAUGCAAGCAUAUCGCGCUCAACUGUUCCCUAUUCCUUCGAAGGUAUUGAAGACUAUAGAUGCUUAUUAUAGAAGUUAUGUAUGGUCAGGUAGUAAUACAAUUACUAAGAAAGCUCCAGUAGCUUGGGAUAGAGUAUGUAUGCCUAAAUCUAUGGGAGGAAUAGGCAUCAUCAACAUAAAGUUAUGGAACCAAGCUUCUCAAAUCAAGACAUGCUGGGAUGUAGUUCAUAAACAAGACAAGAUGUGGAUUAGAUGGAUUCAUGCUUAUUAUAUCAAAGGAAAGCCACUGAUGGAAACAAUAAGUCCAGCACAAGCAAGUUGGAUUACUAGGAAGAUAUUGGAAUCAAAGAACAAGCUGCAUUUGGUACCUGGAAACAGGACCACAAGAAGCUUGACAAACACUAUCUAUUAUAAGCUGCUUCCUGAAAUGAGGCCAGCAGAACUGGAAACAAGAGAACAUUUGUUUGUUGAAUGUGACUUUGCUAAAGCUAUAUGGAGGAGACUGCAGAAAUGGUUAAAAUGGAAGCAAACAACAGAAGAAUGGAACCAACAUAUUGACUGGGCUAUCAAAAGUGCUAAAGGGAAAUCACAGCAAGCUCAAAUUUUCAAACUGGUGUAUGCAAAAUGUAUAUAUGCUAUAUGGAUGGAAAGGAACCAUAGAGUGUUUGAAAAGAAGUCUAGAAGUUGGGAAAUAAUUGUAUGGGAAAUUGUCUAUAUUUGUUAUGUUAGAGCAUGUCCUAGAGUAAAAGAGUUUCUACAGAGAUUUAUGUUUUAG